CAUUCUUUCUUCAAGUUUUGUUUCACCGCUCACUUCGUUUGCAAUAGCAUUCUCUUUGGAAUAUGGUUGCUAAACAAGACUCCAAUAGCCAUGUUACUGUCCUUAUCGUGGGUGCCGGACCCGCUGGAGCAUUCCUCGCCAGCAAUCUCGCAAGGCUGGGAUUGCAGUUUCGACUCAUAGAUAAGCUUAAGGUUCACACUACUGGAAGAGCUAUUGGUGUUGUGGCUCGCACUCUAGAAGUUCUUGAGCAAGUCAUCGGUCCCGAGAUUACACACAAUCUGGUGAACAAUGGUCAUCAAGUGACAGAGCAAGGAUUUUGGAGAAAUGGCAAACUCACUAAGAAGACAGAAAGUUGGGAUUGCGACUCACUUUAUAAUUAUUACUUAAUUCAUCCUCAAUUAGGCAUUGAGGAUGCCCUUCAAAAGGACAUUCAAAAGUUUGGUCAAGAGGUCGAAUUUGGCGUUCGUUUGGUCGAUGUGUCAGUGCCCACAGAUCCUGAAGAACCCAUCCUCUGUACAUUGAAGCAUGAAGAAACCGGAGAAUUGGAAUACAUGACUUGCAAGUACCUGAUAGGAGCUGACGGUGCGCACAGUUUUGUACGAAGAUCCAUGGGCAUCACCACUCUUGGUGAUACACCUAACAUGGUUUGGGGCAUUGUUGAUGCUGUUGUGAAGACUGAUUUUGAAGCAAUUGAUCAAUCAAAUAUUCUCUACACCGACAAAGGCACUGCAGUUGCCUUCCACUGGGGCAAUGGAAUUACCCGUUUAGCCAUGUACUUGGGUAGCCCGGAGCUUGCCAAGGAUGUUGCCAACUACCGAGAUAUCAGAAACUAUCUCAGUAUAGAUCAAUUUAUCGAAAAAAUUUCUACUGCGUACUCUGAUAGUGGAUUUAACCUCGAGAUAGGAGAGGUUAAAUGGUUUAGCAUCUUCAAGAUUCAAGAAAAAAUAUCUGCUGACUGGUUCGCAGCGGAUGGACGAGUUAUCUUAGUAGGUGAUGCUUGCCACACACAUUCUCCAGGAGGUGGCCUCGGUAUGCAAGCAGGCAUCAUGGACUCCUUCAACUUGGCUUGGAAAUUAAAACUUAUGGAAAGCGGCCUCGCGGACAAAUCCAUUCUCAACACCUACAUGCAAGAACGUAGAGAAGUUGCUGAACAGUUUAUUGAAACAAGUGCCAAAAUUAUUCGUGUCAUGUCAAAUAUGACCCCGGCCAACACCUCACCUGGCCUAAACUCAUCCUAUGAGAAGGAACUGGCUCUACUUUACAAACGAAAUGGUGCCAAUAUCACUGUUGGCCCAUCAUACAAUGCUAACGAACUCUGCUGGGAUGGAAGCGGUGCGAUCGAAAGAAACUACGCCUUUUGGAAAUCAGCUACUACGGUUCGUCCUGGUCAACGUGCUCCCGAUGUGUUUGACGUGCGUCAAUACAACCUUAAGAGCCAAAAGAAAUCUGACCCACUACGCUUGUUCACCAUCACAAAAUACCCCGGCAUCUUUAAUAUUAUGGUUUUCACAAACGACUUAAAUGAUGAGGUUCAAUAUAACCUAUCAAGCUGGUCUGCUCAUUUGGAGGAAUCAGAUGCUUUUUAUACCAAGUACAAAUACAAGCGAGGCGACUUGUUUGCCUUCCAUACUGUGACUACCGCUGACGUUUCUGUCAUCGAAAACACCAGCGACCAAGUCAAUCGAUUUUUGAGCACUCAUUCUACCGUUAUUCUCGACCGUGAAAACCAAGAUGACUCGAGUACUGGUGGACAGGCAAUGUACGGAAGUACCUUCUUGACGGCUGCUGAACAGAGGGAACAAACUGCUCAUGCCAAGUACGGCAUUCCCAGCGACGAGAGUGGUGUCAUUGUUGUCCUCAGACCUGACGGAUACAUUGCCUGUGUUGUUUGUCUUGAAGACUGGGCUCAUCUUGACGAGUACUUUGAUGGAAUUUUGGGAGGCAACCCGUUUGCCUCUGCAAAUGAAGACCCCCUUUAUUAAUUAUCACACACCUCCUCUAGACCUGCUGGGAUGAUCACUGAUGGAAUUUAACGAAGGAUCACUGUUGUAUCCUAGUUCUGUGAGUGAUCAUCCUCAAGGCCGGUCAAAAAGUCAUAGAUACCGUUUUGAGACAUGCAUUUUGCUCUUAUAAUAAAUAUUCUCCAUAAAAAAACUGUCAAUGAAA